GUAAGGACGUGCGCGUGAACGCGCACGCAGAGGCUGCAGGCUCGCUCACAAGAAACUUGCUGCGUAAUUUGCGCGUUGCUCCGCGCUGCUCCGAUUCAGAAACGCCAAGGAAAUACCACCUUUACCGGAUUCACUAUACAUGUUUCGUUUUCAGUCUCUGGAUGAGGACUGUACCCUGGAGGAGGAAGAGGGGCUUGUGGAGGAGGAAGAUGAAAUCGACCAGUUCAAUGACGACACCUUUGGAGCAGGGGCAAUUGAUGACGACUGGCAGGAGGAGCACGCCCGGCUGGCAGAGUUGGACGAACAGGUGCGCGAUGGCGAGGUGUCCGUCCCUCCCACCGUGGCCCCGGCAGCCGCAGCUUCAUCCCCCCAGCCCUCUGCACCCCCUCCUGGUUUGGAGGAGCGUGGCGGUGGUGACCUAGCAGAGUCCCUGGCCAGGCUGAUCCUGGGGACAGAUCCUGCAAUUGCUGGUGUGGGGGCGGCUGGACUGCCCAAGAGAGCAGAGCUGCCCCCCCAGCAUAAGACCUUGUCUGAGGCUCUCCCAGCCAGGCCUCCUCUGCUGCUGGGCUACCAGCAGCAGCAUCUGCGCAUGGGGACAGCGCCCCUGCAAGUGAACUCGCGCAGUAUCUGGGACAGCAUAGGCUUUGGACCUGUUGGUGUCACCCCUGGACUUGGCCCCCAUAUGGAGGACAGUUCACUGUUGUCUAUUAUCAAAGAGGUUGGGUUGCCCAAGCAGCCCCCUCCAAUGAGAAGUGACGAGAGGCGGGAUCUCUCGGAGAGGGUUCCGCCCCCUCGCUCCUCCUCGCCUGUGAUUGGCAGCCCUCCUGUGAGAGCUGUGCCCAUUGGGACGCCUCCUAAACAGCCUUUGAGCCACAUGUUGAACCAGCAGAUCCACUGCCCCACGGCGGUACAUGUGCGCGCUCCCAUCCCACACCGCUACGCCCACCCGUUCCCCGAUCGCCUUUCCCCCAACACGCUGCUGAACAUCACGAACUCGCCCUUGUGUCGGCCUCCAUUCCCUGGUGGGGUGGGCCCGGUUCUGUCCCAGCUUCAACGGGCCCAGCUGCUCAGCUCCCAGGUGGGGGCGUUCCCUAGGGCCGGGCCAGUCCCACCGCUCCUACCUGGCGGGGGCGGCGGCUUCAGGCCAUUUUUCGGACAGCACCCUCCCAGGGUGGGGCCCCACAUCCCCCCGAAUCACGGCCCCAUCCGGCACAACACCACACACCUGCAUCCGCAGCACCGGAGGCUGCUGACCCAGCGGCUGCAGAGCAGGGGGGAUCGGGGGGGACGUGGCUGUGAGCGCAGGAUCCGGGACCCCUACAGCAACCUGAUGACGCAGCGGGAGAAGGACUGGGUGGCCCGCAUCCAAAUGAUGCAGCUGCAGAGCACUGACCCCUACCUGGACGACUACUAUUAUCAGAAUUACUAUGAAAAGAUGGAGAAGAAACAGGAGAGAGACCGUGACAGCAGCAGCAAGAAGGAACACACCACCAAGCUGAUCACUCCUCAGGUGGCCAAGCUGGAACACACCUACCGGCCAGUGCAGUUUGCUGGCUCUCUGGGCAAGCUGACCGUCUCCAGCGUGAACAAUCCCAGGAAGAUGAUCGACGCUGUGGUGACCACGCGUAGCGACGACGAGGAGAAACGGGAGAAGCAGGUGUGGAACAAGAGGAGACAGAUCCUCUAUACUGUGGAAAAGAUGUAUAGUCUACUGCUGGAGGUGCAGGACUUUGAGAAGAAGUUCAUUCAGACGCCAGAAGAACAGAGAGAUGCUCUUCUGGACCAGCACAAGAACCACACGAUCCAGCUGUACAACACGCUGAGGGAGAAGGAGUGGGACGACAGAGUCAGUGAUGAGCAGUGCCUGAUGAUCAUGUCGGUGAGGAAAGGGAAGCGGCUGGUCUCCAGGCUCCUCUCCUUCCUGCCUCCACCCCAGGCGGCUGCGGUUGUCAUGGCGAUUGCCCGGAAUCUUCCCGCCUUAGCGAAAAAAGACAAGCAGGAUCAGGUGCUGUGCUGGUUGGUGGAGCCAGUCUCUGUGGUGGUCCAGUCCCUUUCCAGCUCUGCCCUCACCGACCUGCUGCAGGAGCUGCAGGGCAGCGAGGGUCAGCUUCCCCGCGUGCUCCAAAACAAGUUUGGUGUGACGCUGCUGUACCUGAUUCUGAGUGAGGGAGAGCGGAUGCAGAGCUCUGACGCCAACUGCCAGCUCAUGGACGACAAUCGAUGGACGGAGCUGGUGUUCUCAGUGACCCGGAAGCUCCUGGAGGUGCCCCCUGCCUCCCUGUCUCCUCCUCUCUUCACUCCCCCCAACCUGCUGUCACUCUUCUCCCGAUAUGUGGACCGUCAGCGGCUGGAGCUCCUGCAGGAGAAGUUACAGAUCUCUGCUCUGUCUAGGUAGAAUUGGCUUCAGACGUCAAUUAUGUCCUAUUGAAGAGCCAACUGACCAUGUUAGCAUAUUUGAGUGAGUGAGUGAGUGAGUGAGGGAGGGAGGAAUAUUUAAGGGUAAUGAUUUUAAUCAGAUUUUUCUUCAGUAUGCAUGUUCACUAGGGCUGUCUGUGUGUGAGUGUGUGCAGGUCUGAGAUGGAAUGAAAUAAUGGCAGAACAGAAAUAAAGAACUUUGUUUUUAAAUCUUUGUUAACAUGAGGCCUGUGGCAAAACAUCAAAUUAAAAUGAUUUCUAUUGUUUAAA